AUCAUCAUCCGGCCGGACAGGCAGCAGCAGCAGCAGCAGCUUCGCUCUCCCUCCCGCUGAGGUCACAACACUAUCGGACCUCCCCCCUCAACUCGUACACCGCCAGGACCAGAGCGCUGCGAUAAAAAGUGGAAGCAAAAAGGGGAGAAGCUCAGUCCAAGCGAGGAAACCCUAAAGACUCAAGACUUUAUCCUGCAGAGACGGAGAGAAGUUAUCGAAGAGUUUCACCGUCCACUGUGGUGAGUGUUUUCUUUACGUUGAUACUCUCGCGAUGUUUUUUGCAGUGAUGUGCAUCAGGUCCGUUUCUAUUGAUGUAAAUGAGGGGUUUUAAUGCAAGUUCAUUUAAUUCAAGACAGGAAAUCAUUAUGAAGGCUUACUUUAAGUUUCAUAAAGUUUUUGGUCCUCUUCAGUCUUGUUGGACGUUUUUCUAAAAUUACAUUAAAUGUGGUUGUCUCAUUUGCAUUUAAAAUAUAUUUUUCUAUGAAUUUGGCAAAUAAACAAAGCGAGGCAAUAUGAUACACUAAAAAUCAACGUUGGACAGUGAAAUUGUUUUGUUCCCUCAUUGAACACACACUUUUCACUUCCAGUUUUACACCAAUCUGCAAAAAAAGAAGGGUUUGUUAGGAAUACUAAUGAUAAAAUAAGUACAAGCUACAGUAAUCUGCAACACUGUAAUUAACAAGAGUGAUUCAACAUGACACACACACACAUUUCUACAUGGAUAACGCUGUUGGAGCCAUGCUCACAUUAACCGUGGGAGGUUGAAACUUUAGAUUACCUUCUGCUUGCUCAGACAUUUGGCAUCCAAAGCCUUUCCCACCCUGACUUCAGCAGCUCUUUAUUUGCUUUUUCCAUCUACAAACUCCCCUCACAGCAUCACACACACUUCCCCUAACUCCUCUCAGACAGUUAUCCGGUAAUAAUUUGUAUUAUCAAAGCCACUUAAUGUUAUAAAUGUUACAAGAACUUGGUGAUACUGUGCCCUGCUGCUGAACUCAGUGUGAGUUUUUUAUCUACAAACAUCCCCCGCAAUGAUACUGUAUCUCCGUACCACUCUGAGCUGAAACCUGCACAGGAUCACCGUCAUACAGACUGUUAUCGCGCCAAGGAGCUGGAUUUUGCACCCCCUGAGUACCCCUCCUGGCAUCUGCAACAUUUAUAUUUUCAUCACUCUGAUACUCUGUGCUGUUGCAUGAUGGGAGAAAGUAGUUUAUGUCCAUUAUCUGCAUUCCCAGCAGUGUGGUCAGCUGUGUUAGAGCCUCAGACUCAAGUUUGUGACUCAUGGGACCUCAAAGCUGUAAGUUAAAGGCAGGUCAGACUGAGGAUAGGGUUGAACCGGUCUGCGGGAAAUAAAACCAGAGGAUGACGCAAAACUCUUAUCAGGUAAUAAUUUGAUACUUGAACGUUAUCCAUUAUGACUAAAUGUUGGAGUGACAUCUCCAUUAAAAGGCAUUGUUAGAGGUUACAAGUCUAGUGAAAGCCGCUUUCUGUCCCGUGCAGUCCUGGCUGGAAGUUUGGAUGACUCAGGACGACUCACUGUCUUUCUGCUGACCGCUGGGAUUUGAUUUCAUCUUUCUCCUCUCCCUCUUUUUCUGCUCCCUCCAUCCUUUCAUCUCUUUUCACAUAGCUGUCUCAUGUUCCGGUUUACACUCAUUUCCAGUGUCAACACCUGCUCUUUCUUCAUGAUAAGGAGCUCAAAGCUUCACAUUGUGCACAGUGGAAGGCUGUAAUAAAGCAACAAUGCAGCUCUCUGUUCUUGAGGGACUUUACAGAGAUGGAUCACAGCUGAUUUACUGAAGCUUGACUGAAAACUCCCUGAAUGAAUAAUGCCUGCCUAAGGAGCUUACCGACAUGAUAUUGCAUGCCAAAAACACAUCAUCAUCAAACAUAUUACACACGUGCAGAACUAUUAGACGAGGGAGCGACUCCUAUCUGAAGCCUCUGUGCAGGUUUAGUGCAGAUCAAACCAGUCCAGAAAGAAUCUGAUUUACUGGAAACAUAAAGCUGCCAGCCUGCUGUGACAAGACAAUGGGAUUAGUGCUUACGAUACAAGCCCUCAAAGAAUUAUUCCUAGGAAACUGAGAUCUGUGCCAGUAAAAUUAGACGAUAAAAGAGCUACAACCCUUUCUGCAAAGAUGUUUCCUUUUACACUUCCUAUUGGCCGUGGGCAGGAGCAGACACUCUAAAUAUAUUUCGUAUUAUCGUCUCUGAUCUUAAUUAAAUGACAUUUAUGAGUGCCUUUAAGUUUGAAGUUUGAACUUCACAGAGGGAUGCAACAUAUCUCCUGUGAGCUCUAACCAUUCUCACGGUUUGAGACUUUGAAAUUUCGGACAGAAAUGUCUCACCUCAGACCAUCACAACCUCAGCAUGCUGUCAUCAUUACACGUUGCUGCUAAUGGUCCUGUGACAAAGUUUGUGGUUGCAGCAGUUCCUUUGAAUAGGCUGCAAAAGCGCCCAAAUAGGAAGUGAAAAAAGUGGAGUGUAUAUUUAUGUUCCUCAGUCUUAUCAUCUGUUGCAUGUGUUAGUUUUACCAAAGCUGUGCAUCUGAAGCAGCUGCUGACUCACAGUCUGGCUGCUGCUGCUUCUGCUGCUCCAGGACUUUUUCAUUUCUUCCAUUCAUAUUUGACCUACUAGAGGAACCACACUCUCCUCAGGCUGCGUUCGUGGUGGUGCACGUUUCAUGUUUCCAAGUGUUUGGGUGUGACAUACAAAUGCCUUUUUAACCCAGUCAGAGCUGUGGGAUGCUCAUGGUAUGUUGGCUUUUUGAGAAAAGAACGAACAUGACCCAGUUGUUGUCAGAGUAUCGCAGAGUUUGGCCCUUAUGUGCAACAACAGUUGUUGUCUAAUGUGUGGUUACAUGUUUAAUACUCAAUUAUUCUUAAAUAUCUGAAGCUUUUAGAAGUAAAGCUUUACUUUUACAUGGAAGUAAAACAAAAAAUACACAACAGUUGAUCAAAGUUAGGCCUGUUGCAUUCUGGGAUGUAGGCAGUGGCACCCAAGCAGGGCCCCUCUCUGUCAGAUACUGCAUAUUUUAAAAAGGGUGGGAUACACUUAUUUUUCAUAUCUGGUGUGGACUUGCUGGCGUGGGUUUUUGUGCAUGCGUGUUGAUAUGAACUCAUGCUUCCGAAAUGCACGGGGCCUGCGCUGGCUGUGUUAUAGUAGGAAACACAUGUUUUGAGCUGACAGGGUGGAGAGUGGGGUGACUGAACGGAGCUGAACAGCUGCACAAAGGAAACAAAAAGGAAACUGGUGUGUUGUUGUGGCCCUGGCAGAGAGGCUCUGUUGGGGGGGGGUGAAAGUGCAGGUCAGCGGGGUGUUUUCGAAGUUUGAGACACAGGGAUAGCUUUGACCAGACCUGUUCUCCUGAUGGUGAGUGUGAGAACGCAUGUGUGUGUGUUUUAAAAGUCCGAUCCUGAGGGUGUGGGUGUGUGUGGGUGUGUGGAUGUGUGUGGGUGUUCUAGUGAACAAUGAGCAGAGAGAACAGUAAAUCUUUGUGCGGGGUGUUUAUUAGAUCCACGUUCCUGAGCACUUUGUGUGCGUGUGUUUGGUUGCCUCAAUGGUAUAUGAAAACACACUCUUCUGCUUUCUAUUAGCCCGGUCGGCCACAGGGGGUGAGUCAGUGGAUGUAAAAACGUGCAGGCAUGUAUGCACACGUUUCUUGUUGUAUGUCUGAAUCUGCGUCUGUCUGUGGAAGAUCCUCAAAGCUAUUUUUAAAACAUCUUCAUUAUUCCUCAUAUGUAGGUCAAUUUUUCGUCACACUCCUUGUUUUAUUCAACUUUCCUCUUCAUCUCCUCCCAUUUCCUUCAUCACUCCAUCUCUCAAUCACCCCUUCCUUUGUGACUCAUGUUUACUCACACUUCACUGUGGAGCACCUCUUUUUUUAAUAACUUUUUCCUGCGUAACGUGACUCCUCUAAAAAAGAAAUCAGGAACAAGUGUGAUAUCAAACGUCGUUUUAUUGAGAUAAAAUAGGGAAGUGUUGACUUUAGUGUCUUUGUCUUGCUGUGGGCUUUCCCUGCUGUUUCCUCCUCCUUCCCUUUUAAGUCCUGAGUCACUUCAUCCUCCCACAGCUGCUGCUCUGCUCUGUCGGAGAAGGAAUGCUGUCGCAGCGCUGCAGAAACCCUCUUUAUUAUCGCUCUAGGGUUUUCCAGAUUAGGUUGUUUGGUGCGGUAGUUAAAGUCUUAUUUUUAGCAUAAAGUGAAGAUGAUCUGCAUCCUGUUUAUUCCCACUGAGAAAGCUGUUGAUGAAAUAUGAUAAAAGGGGAAAUGAACUUAAACACAGCUGCAAAUAUGUAUACACUACAGCACAUCCUAUCAGACUGUCCUGCACAGGUUGUGAUAACUUCCUGUAUGAGUCAAGGAGUCAACACAACUACAAAUGGCCCCCACCUUGCCCACCCUUUCCUCCCUGGUGGGCUUCCUCAGCAGAGACGGAAGGAGACCGACCUGAGAAACAGUCGAGAAAAAUUCAAAGUUUCCUGUAAUUGUCAUGUCUGUUUUUGACAGAUUUAAGACAUAAUAUUUACACUCAAGGAAAUGAAUGUUUUAUUAUGACUGUUUGUACUGCAUUUGUGUGUAAAAUGAUCUCUAAUAUGGUUUUAUAUCCUUUUUAUUUUACAGAUUAUCUCUUGAGUUGAAAACGACUUGGGAAACCAUGACAACAACACUUGGACUUCUACUGUUCCUAUCUACUCUCUGCUGCAGCCAAGCGGAUAUUGUAAGUACUGCACCCAUUUUAUGAAGGGACCUCAACUGUGUUUUGAGCGCCAAUCAAUUAGCUGCAAAUCCUGCAAACUUCAUAAGAGUGUAUCCUCAUAUGCUUACAUUCUACAGUGGUUUAUUACUCCUCUCAGAAAACCUAAAGCCGUAUUUUUUCAUGGAGAAUCAAAGUAGAUUUGUGCAUGCCAAGUAUGAAAAUGUAUCUUAGUGUGCUUGAAUCUUCAGGAAUGAAAUAAAUCUCUGUCUACAAGGGUUUGAAAUUAUAUCCCACAGCUGUCUGUAACUUAAGUUUUGUCUUUCAGGCAAAGCUGCUCCGCACAAAAAGAGGGACUCGCUUUUACAGAGGUGAGCCUGACUGGCAGGCUUCUAGACGGACGCUUUUGAUUAUUCAUGUCCAGAAGUCUUCAUCUUCCCUUGACACCCCCUGUGAGCCUCAUCACACGCCUCUUUGUCUUUUUUUGUCCCCUAAUAGCACCGCCUUCACCAUCACCGCCGUCACCUUUAUCACAGUCUGUUAACUCACUUUAUUUAUGUGUUUGCGUUUCCUCUUUCUUUUCACCUCUACGUUUGCACCGCUCUUAUUCGUCACUGUGAUCAAGUUCUGUGUGUCUUGGCUGUUUACUUACUAUUUGUGUAUCUGUGUGUGUUUGUGUACGUGUGUGUGUUUUUCAGCGCAAUGUAUUGAUAGUGAGACGUCAGCUGUGCGUAGUUCAGGGGACACUUGGCUGCGAUGGAAGGGACAGCGGGUGGAGUUUUGUCGUUGUGCGAUGAGAGGACGAGAGCGUUGUCAUAUUGUGCCCGUCAUCAGUGAGUGUGACAUUGUUGCAUAUACACAAGCACACACAUGGAUUGGCUGCCUGUUUGUCUCUUUCUAAUCAGGCAUAUUUUUGUGCAUUUAUGAGAUUGAAAUCCUCUGUUUGGUAAUUCCUCUGUCGGUCUUUGCCGCCCUUACUGACCUCUCUGUCUUCAUUUUACCUCUAACUAUCUCCCUCAACCUCACAUGAUUAUUUUUUGUGGGCUUGCCUCAAUCAUGUCUCCAAGUUAGUGUUAUUUCAGUGUGUCCAAAUGAAGAGCUGCUGGCUUUUCUGUGUCUUUAAGUGGGCGUAGUUUAGUCUGAGUUUGUUUGAAGUACUCCUGCCAGGCAAACCCUCACACACACUUUCACCCCCAUUGACGAAUUCUGGGAGACAUGACUUGCCCCUCCUUCGCACAAAUUACAACCACAUUUUCAGUCUGCCCCGUCUGUGAGCUCAUGGCACUGAGAGCGAGCGGGGUGCUGUUAUUCUUAACGCAAGACUCUAGGAAAUGUUGAAACAAUAAAUGAGAAACCGGACUGGAGAUGGCCGGGAACCAGAUCCAGUCUGGAAAGAAAGUCAGGAUGAGCCAUGCACACUGACCUUUGUGUACUUCUCAUGUUUCUAUGUCAAAUAUGACACACAAGACCACACCCACAGUUUAAUUGGCCGUGAACGUACAUGCUUCGAUCAAUCAUGUUUGUAUUCUGAGAAAUUUUAUGACAUAUGACUGACUAACCAGCUCUCUGUCUGCCCUUUCCAGACUGCUACGUGUCUCAGUGCUACAACGGUGGGACCUGCAAGGAGGCUGUGUACACAUCAGAUUACAUCUGCCAGUGUCCUGCAGGCUUCAGUGGAGCUCAGUGUGAGAUCAGUAAGUACCAGACGGAGUCUUACCUGAAAUCUGUGCAGUAUGAUUCAUUGUUUCACUUCUGUAAUAAUGAAAGGGGUCUGUUUCCUUGUCUGUGACAGAAUCUUUCAAAUUAGAUUAAAGCUAUAAAAUUAGAUCAGGACUUAAAAUCAGGUUUUUCCAAAAGAAAAUAUAAUCCAAUAAAAACCUCAAACCUGUUUGGUUCCAAGUUUUGGUGCUGGAUUAGGAUAACUCUAAUCGAAUCAAUUUGGAUUAUCCUGAUCAGGGACUCGGGGUGGAUUGAGGCUAAUAAGAAAAGUGAAAAAACUUUUGAGGAGGUUAAUCAGCACACCAUUUUAUGGUUAUAUUGAUAAUCUGCAUGUUUUCUGUAUUUUGGGCUCUGAUGCUUUGUUGAUAUGGUGACGUAAAAGAAAAGUAGAGACACUUUGACAAAAAAAAAAAAAAAAUCCACCAGAAGGAAUGAAGAAUCAGAUUAGUGUGGGUUUUGGUGUCCCUUCUGGACAAAGUAUGUACUGUGGAGUCUAAUUCGGAGCACUGGUCAGCUAGAUUUGCGAAUAUUCGAAAACUUUGGUUUGGUGGUGUUGAUCCCAUCCAAUUUACUGUGAAAAACCCUGAAGGACAGCAAAAACAGUAGAUCUGGAUCACUGAUUGGAAUUAGAAGCCAGGAAACAAAAACUGAUCAAUAAAUUAUCUUCAGCUUUACUUAAAUCCAUGAAUUCAACCUGUCUUAUAUUUGAUAUCUAGAAUCCAUAUUUGCAUAGGCUAUCUCUGACUUUAAGGGAACAAAAACCCAGUUCAGUCCAGGACAUAACAGUGCGGCUGAUGACAAAACCUUGAUUACGACACUCUACGAACUUGUUAAUGACUCCAGAUAAAGUCACAGUCUGACUUUGUGACUCAGACAGAAGGUGUCACAGCCCUGCGGUCUGGACAGGAGAAGCAGAAGAUCAUAAACCGUGGACAGACAUACCAGGACAUAAAUAUUUUUGUUUCUGCGGGCGACUUCUUUGGGGCUUUUAGGGACACCCCACCCUCUCACUGGGAUAAUUAUGCAAACACCAGUGGUCACAUUGGAGUGAUUUCAGUAACAGAAUAAUGAGUAAGGAGGCCAGACUCUGUAAGUCUGAUUGGAUUUACGAUCAUCAUAGUUUAUGUUUGGUCAUUGUUUUACACCACUAAAUGGAAAAACACAAUAAAAAUGCCAUUAGGGAGCAAGUUAUGAGUUUAAUGUCUUAUAUAAGAAAUAACAACUUCAUGUUUUCAUAAUGUGUCCGAACAUAAACAGGCCAAUAUUUUCCAAAACCAAAAAUUAACUUUUACUGUCAGAGUAAAUAAAAAGAACUCAGUUAUUAGAGUGACGUCAGUCUAAUAUAAAUGAGUGACACCUUAUUUAGUUUAACUUUCUCCUCCCACAGACGACAAUGAGAAAUGCAUUGUGGGAAAGGGUGAAGGAUACCGCGGCACAUGGAGCACCAGCAGUUCAAGAUCAGAGUGUAUUAACUGGAACUCCACGGCUCUGAGAGGAAGACGGUUCACGGCGAGAAAAAGCGACGCUACUAGUCUGGGACUGGGCAAUCACAAUUACUGCAGGUACGUGACGAGUGUCAACUCUUUACACAGGAGCAUCUGUAGGAAUUAAUGAGAAUCUAUUGUUCCUGUGCCAAUUUUCAAUUUACACUUCAUCAAAGACUUAUUCGUCAAAUAAGUCUGAUUGUGGAGCUGCAGCCAAGUACAAAAAAAUGUCUUGAAACACCUUUUCUGCAAGAGCGUAGUGUAUCAAAACACAGCUCAUAGACAAUACAGGUUGUAGUACAGGUAGUGGCAAAGCAAAACCCAACAAUGUGAAAAUAUGCCUGAAUUGGGAAAACCUUAUCAGGAUGAAACAUUUUAAAAUGUGUGUGUUUUUGUGUCAUUAAUAAACCAUAAACAUGAUUUUUUUCUUGCCUCCUCUCUUUUCAGGAACCCUGACAGUGACGAAACUCCCUGGUGUUACAUCUACAGAGGCAAUCAGAUCACCUGGGAGGCCUGUUCUAUGCCCACAUGUCCUGAAGGUACAGCCUCACAUGAAGCUUUUAAGCUAAAAUAUUACAGUUAUCAAAGUGAAUUUCCAAUAACAGUCUUUCUUUCCUGUGUUUUUUGGAGCAGAUAGGAACCAAGAGUGUGUGCAGGGCUCAGGUCAGUCGUACAGAGGGACAAAAUCUGUCACUAAGAGCGGUUCUCGCUGUCUCCCGUGGGACUCUCCGGCUCUGAAGCGCAAACUCAACAAUGCCUGGAAAGCUGAAGCACUGGAGCAGGGGCUGGGCAGCCACAGUUUCUGCAGGUACACAUUUCAGCUAAAACGUGAUAACUGACAAACUCACAUGUGGAAAAAAAAGAGAAUGACUGAUUUUCUUUUCUUAAUUCAACAGGAAUCCAGACGGUGAUGUUGGUCCAUGGUGUCACACCUACAUGAACAUGCAGCUGACCUGGGAGUUGUGUGACAUCCCGAGAUGCAGUGAGUUUCCUCAUUACAGUUCAUUCAUUUAGCAGAAACGAUCAAACCUAAGCCGCUCCAACCAUAACCUCAAAUCUUUCAUUUUUCCAGCAACACGUCCAUCUGUCAUCACGACCCUUGACCCUCGCGCCCCGACCACAAACAACAACAACGGAGGUUGGACAUUUUUACUUGAAUUUCAAACACCAGAAGUCCAUUUCUCUUCUUUUUUUGUUUUGCUUGUUACAGUCUAACUGACAUUUAAACGUCCUUUCCGCAGCGACAUGUGGCCAGCGUGUGGACAACAGCCUGAAUCAUCCUGCUUUCCGCAUGUUUGGUGGUCGAGCGAGUGACAUCACUGAGCAGCCAUGGCAAGCAGCCAUUAAUGCUUACCAGGCUCGUCUCAAAAACCACUUCCACCGAUGUGGAGGAGUCCUCAUUGACUCCUGUUGGGUUUUGUCUGCUGCACACUGCUUCGAGGACAGGUAAGACCCUUCACAAGAACACUAAAAUUACUACUCGUCUUCCGAACAGCAUGCUAAUAUUCCCUCUCUUUUUCUAGCGUCAAAGCAGAUAAACUGGAAGUGAUUUUGGGAAGAACGUUCCGGAAACAGAACUCUACUGGUGAGCAGAUUUUCAAGGUUAAGAAGUACUGGAUCCAUGAGAAAUUUGACCAGGACACAUUUGACAACGACAUCGGUGAGUAAACAAUCCCAUCUUUUGUUUUCCUAGUCUAGUGUCACCGAAAUGUCAGCUUGUCAAACUAAGAAAAAAUGAGUAUUUAAAACAUGGUUUUGGUAUACCAUGAAGAAAGUUUGGAAAGUUAAAUGAGACAGUGUAGCGGCCCAGUUUCUCCCUGGGGGUGAUGAUAUGGAACAUAAAGUGGGCAGCAGAGGCUUGUUAAAACUUUGAACCCAAACCCUCAGUCUUCAGCCACAUCUUCCCAGUGCAUUAUUACACUGACUUUCCAUUGGUCACUUUCCACUUGCAGCUCUUUUGAAGCUUCAGACGGACAUUGGCAUCUGUGCUGUAAACUCUCCGGAGGUUCUUCCUGCGUGUCUGCCUGAGCGUGGGCUGGUGCUGCCCGACUGGACUGAGUGCGAGAUCUCAGGAUACGGAAAAGACUCUGAAUGUAAGCAAACAUGCUGCUUAACCGUGGCACUGUGUUAUUUUUGUAUGGCUGCUGUUGGGCGAAAGGCAUUAAAUGGUUGAACUGGUAGCACUGAUGUGACUGACCAGCAGGGGGCAGUUUUUGCUUUUCUGCAAAUCCUUAUUAGAGCCUCUUUUAGGGAGAAGUUACUAAGUCUGAUAUCUUCCCACAGUUUCUGCAGAGUACUCUGAGCGGGUAAAGAGAGGUCACGUACGUCUGUGGCCCAAAGAACGUUGCACCCCUGAAGUCCUAUCUGGUCGCGAGAUUACCCCCAACAUGCUGUGUGCAGGAGACACCCGAAACAGAGAUGACGCCUGCAAGGUGAUCAUUUCUACCUGUAGUCCUUCCCUCAAACGUCAUUCAAAAACAUCAUCAAGACUUAGUCUUACUUUUAUCUUUCCUUUUUCCAUCGCAGGGAGACUCUGGUGGCCCACUCGUCUGUCGCAAUAACAACAAGAUGACUCUGAUGGGUGUGAUCAGCUGGGGCGAUGGAUGCGGGCAGAGGGACAAACCCGGGGUUUACACCCGUGUCACCAAUUACAUCGACUGGAUCAACGGGAUAAUCAAAGCUAACCCAGUCUAAAGGUGGAGAGACUGGAAAGAAGGCGGUGUUGGAUGAUCAGACGCAUAAACACAGUGGGUCAGAUAGGAAAUGUUGAUGUGCAUCAUCUGGGACAAUAAACAGAAAGACCCACCGGAUUGUUUAUGUUCAGAGGUUUUUGAUGUAAAACCAACCUGAAGACUACCACAGAAACGCACAAGAACCUCAAUCAUGAGUGUUGAUACUCAGUGUAGCUCUCGUUCUCUGUUCUUUGCUCUGUUAAACGUGACCGUGUGUGUGUGUACGCAGAAUCACAGGACAAGCUCUUGAUCUUCAUUAUCAUGUUGUCAUGUACAAAAUCUUUUCACGUGUUUCCUCUAAGUUGUGAAACAACACGAGAGGUUUAUGACAGGAAACAACAUUUUUUUCUGCCCGCCUGCUGGUUUAUGCAGAGAAACGUGGCAGACUUCAGGUCAGUAGCACUUCUAAUCGGUAAGAGCAAUUUAGUUUGCACAGUAGAGUGUGUCACAUAGGAAUGUAGGCUUUUCUCACAGAGACUGUGUUUGAGACUUGUUAUGUAGAUGCAGAUUUGAUAACAUAACCAGUUUUAAUGCAAAUAGUUUGCUCACUUUGGAGGUAUAGAGAGAUCAAUCUCAAUUUCAGGACAAAUCUGCUGGUUCAGAUUCUGCUUGAUGGUGCAGUUUUAACUCCUUCACUUUAGCACACUCAGCUCCCCUGUAGAUGGGAUGACAUUUGAAAAGGUGGAGGAAGCUAACUUGGGAUUUUCACUCUUUUCAAUAAACCUGUGACCUGUUCUUCAAGCUUCCCUUUAGAAGAAGAGAGAACUUUUCUUAUGUCCUCCACUAGUUUUUCCCACCAGACUCCUGGGUUGAGCCUAAUGUGUACAUAACAUGUAUAUUGACUUUAUACUGAAAACAACGUUUUGUUUUUUGUCUUUUGUCUUUUGUACUUAACAAACUGCUUUUUGACUGCAAGGCUUGAAUCCUACUCUAACUAAUUGUUUCUAUAACUGAUAAUUUUAAGAUGUUUUAUACUACUUUUUAUUAUUUAAAUGUUUUGUAGAGAAUACUUUUGUACUGUGUGUACUAAAGCUAAAUAAUUUAUUGUCACUGUCAUAACUAUAUCCUGCAAUAUACCCAAAAAUAAUAAAAGAAAUAAAUCUUUUCUGCUUAAACGUU